UUCCAUGUCAACUACGAAUGCUUGCAAAUCAGAUAAUCGCGAUAUUUUAAUGAAAUUUUAACAGCCUCGUGAUCGUAGGAUUUUAAAGAUUUCUGCUGCAAAAACAUACAAUUGUGAGGUAGAUUAAGGUUUUAGAUUUUUUGAAAAUUGAUUCGGAGACGGCGGUGAGUGUUGUUUAGAAGAAAAACAGCAUAAACGAUAAAUCAUUUAUCACUUUCACGCCAUUUAUAUUUCAGUGUUUGUUUGUAGUGAUCACCCAGCUGAUAAACAUCUCAUGCACCGUUUUUGCGUGUUUCGUUGAUCUACGAGGAUAACUUUGGACAAAACUAAUCAACUCGAGCACAGAUUCAAGAGCGCAUUUGUUUUGGAGCUUCACUCUUCCGUGCGUGACGUACUCACUAAACCUGGAACCCUGAAGUUGGAUUCCAUGGAGUUUGUUCUGGUAUUUUAGCAAGCAAACAGGCCUGAGGUUAACAAGCCAAAAUGAUUGUGAAGCUGAUAGCAAGGUCUCUGUAACCACUUCACAUGACAAUACAAAACAGAGAGCUUUUUGUGGAGUUGUUUAUGGUUCAAUAUUUAGUCGCUUUGGUUCUUUGUUCGUCUAUCACAAAAACAUGUCGGAUGAUAGUGUUACUUUGGAUAUUCUUCAGCCUCCUAAGUACCCAAGCUCUGAAGACUUUGAUUCAAGAGAUGAACUACGAGAAAGAGAACUUGAAGAAGCUCGAGCAAGAGCUUCACAGAUGGAAAAGACGAUGCGAUGGUGGUCUGACUGUACAGCAAAUUGGAGAGAAAAAUGGGGCAAAGUACGAGCAGAGCGGAACAAAGCCCGCGAAGAAAACAGGCAAUUAAAGCUGAAACUAGAAUCGGCAGCUAAGGAAAUCUCAAGCUUAAGACGUGAAAAGCAGGAUUUAAAUGAUGGAAGAAUUCGUUUAGAGAGGGAAAUUGAUAAGCUGGAGAAAGAGUUAAGGAAAGACAGGCGGGCAAUACCGUCAGCUCGUGUGGAGCCAUCAUUAAAAGGUCAAAAUGAAGAUGAUCUAAAUAUAAACGUCUAUGGAAGGACUGUACCUAAACCUGGCUCUGAACAACAGUUUGUUCGACAAAUAUUGGAAAAGAAUGAUUAUUACGAUGAAGAAGAACUUGACUACGCUUUCCCAGAAGACGAACGAAGAAGACCUAGUAGUUCGAAAAUUAGAGGUCAAAAUUACGAACUUGAUGACAACAAUAAUCAUGAAAUCAGAAUUCUCAAGCGAAAAUUAGAAGAGAUGGAACGUCUUUUAAGUGAUGAAAGAAGUUCCAAGAGUAAUUUAAUGGAGGAAAUAGAUUGUCUACAGUCAGACCUGACGUCACUGAAAUCAAUCAAUGAAGACCUGAAGUCUAACAAAGCUGGUACAGAAUCAGAGCUUGCGAGGAUGAAGAAUCGAUACCAUAAAGACGUCAAUGGAUUAAAUGCUGAUUCAGAGGAAGUGUAUAGCUCCUCUGUGAAUGCCAAGAAGCUUAAAGAAAUGAGAGCUGAGAUUGAACGACUGCAAACAGAUAACUCCCUCGAGUGGAGCAAGAGGGAAAAGCUGGAAACCGAGAAGGCAGCUUUGGAAAGAGAAAAUAAGAAAUUAAAAAACCAAGUAGAGGAUUUGGAAAGUCUGUUAAACCACAAAACAGCCAGAGCAUCAAAGAUCAUGGACACAGAUUUAAAACAGCUGCAAACACAAGUCGAAGAGAAAUCCGCGGAACUGGUAGAUCUGAGAUAUGCGUACAAUAAAAUCAAAAAACAGUUCCAAGAAAAGACGGCGGAACUCGAGCACUCGAACAAGAGAGUUGAACAACACGACAUUGAAGUCAAGAAAMUACGCAUGCGUGUAGAAGAGUUGAAGUUAGAGUUAGCCAAAGCAGAAGAUGAGAUCGACUCUCAAUCGAACCAAGCUCGUAAGAUCCAGAGAUCUUUAGACGAGCAAACAGAGCGAGCAGAGAGCCUGCAGGUUCAAGUACAACACUUAACGUCCAGAUUACGAACCUCAAAUAUUUCUAGUAACAAUACUCGCAAGUAUUCAAGGAAGUCUCCUGUCCAUAUAUCUACAGACGAUGACAGUGAUUUAGAUUGAAGACAGGAUACCUUGGAAUCGAGCAAGCAGUAAACCUGGGGUGCUUACCAUUCACCGGAAAAACUGAAAAUUCUGAACACAAAUUUAGCAAACGAAUUUCCAACCGGAUGGAUUGGCUUAAAUAGUAAGCAUCCCUGGAUUUCGGAUUAUGCCAGGAUAACGUUCCAGACUGAUGAUAAUGAUAUAAGACGUGCUGCUGUUGCUGCUGCUGCUGCGGCUGAUGAUGAUGAUGACAGCAGUGUGUUAUACAAAAUGUGCCUGAAACCAAGACUUAUGCAAAUCCUUUUAUCAAUUAACCACCUUAAACUUAUCUUGCAAGAGGUUAUUGCACUGCUUUCCCUUGCCGCGAGAACUAAGGUUCAGGUCAAACGUCGAACAUCACAUUAGCCGAACCUAAUCGAAACAAUGGAUAACAAGGUGGUGGUUCUUUGAUGUCAUUAGGUUCGGCUCAUGUGAACCUUGACGUUUAAACUUAGGUGUGUUCUUUUCACAUUACGUGUUAUUCUCUUUAGAAUAAGAUUCUUUGUUUUGGUCGUAUCCAUAUUCAUGUGUCUUCUUCUGCACAAUCGCAAACAAAGAAAUUAUACUCAAGGGAGUGACACGUUUCGAGAGGGAAAUGGACUAACUUAGUUCAUUCUCUCUUGCACAUCUGAAAUGGGAAAAAAUUAUCCCAAGCUAAAAAACUUCUAUAGACCCCUUUACAGCACGUCGGAAUGCAGCUCAAUUCGGAGCACAUAACAAUAGGUUUCCAAUUCUCAGGAGAUUGAAAUUAUUUUGUUUUAUCCUCCAAAUUGAUCGAAUUGAUCGAAUAUGGAAUUUUAAUCUUUUUGCACACUGGAAAAUUUUUACCAAGAAAAUGUUUUUAAAUAAGCAAUAGGCCUAUGCCACGUUCGAUAAAUAAAAUGCCUAACAUGAAUUUGGGUUACCAGGAAUAAAACUAUCAAACCCUUAUCAAGGAAAUAAGUAGAUCUAGUGCUGAAUAUCAGUGCAAUCCCUGUGGUGCAAUAUUGUCGUUGAGUGGCGAGCGCGAUUCUAAUACUUGAUAGAAACUUCAUGUAUGAUACAGCCUUGUAUUUACGAAAGAAAUGAAUUUGGAAAUAUCAUAUUUCUGUACAUACAUGAAGUACCGUACCUCGUCUUAACCUGUUAUCCAACGUGGCCUAUUCCCUUGUCUCUUGUCAUAAUUUAUCAGCCUGGUUCACACGAAAAAUGCGAAUGCGAAUUUCAUUUCCUUUCAACUUUGCGCGCCCGCGCGCGUUGAUUGCAUCACGAAUAAACAGAAAUAAAAGUGAGUACAAUUGUGGACUAUCGCAGUAGUGCUUGAUUAUACAUUUWAAAAAAUCCUUUGCACCUACUGCGCUUGCGUAUUGAUUUGUUCGCAUUUGCGUUUCACAUGUAAACAUUUCUUGCGAUUGUGUUUGUAUUUGCAAGGCUCUUGCGAACCAGGCCGUUUGAGGAAAGGUGUUUUUAUUCGAAAAUAAUUAUUAAAUCCUAAUUAUUAAAUAUG